AUGGCCACUAAGCGGAUUAAAGUUAUUAGAGGCACGCCACAUCACAGGUCUUACGAAGCUAUUCAACAACGAGAAGAGUUAAAGCUAAUUGAUAAGUUGCCAGUAACUGAUGAUAAUUUUGUCAUAGUUUUAGAUUUAUUACACAACCGGUAUAGUAACCAACGGCAGAUAAUCCGCUCAUAUCAGCAGUUACUAGCCAAUCCUAUAUUGCAAAAAUGUAAUUCGCAGUCGCUGAGACAAUUCGUUGCAAAUUCUAAGGCAAUUCUCGAAGCCUUAGACACGGUAAAGUUAAGUAAAGCAGAACUAUUUGAAUCCUUGCUUGUUCAUUUAUUGGAACAAAAACUUGAUUAUAACACUCGUCGCUCAUUUGAAGAGCAAGUUUCUGUGAAUCAACUUCCAACUAUUGAUGAGUUUUUCGAUAUUUUGAGUAAGCGAUGUGUUGUUCUGGAAAAUGUCAACUUUGAGAAUUUCAUUGCGGAUCAAAAACCCACGUCUAAAGCAGCUAGAUUCCAAAGUAAUGACAAUUCUCACCCGAAUAAUUUCAAGGUAGCUUUUCACUCGCAAUCAAACCCCUCUAGUCAAAGAGAUUCAAAAUCAAAGCUAUAUACCUUACAGCCAAAGGUAUGUAGCUACUGCUUUCAACAAAAUCACCGCAUCUACUCAUGCACCAAGUUUCUUUCAUUACCUGUAUCAGAUAGAAUUGAAUAUUCAAAAGCCAAUAAGCUCUGUUUUAACUGUUUAGGUAGCAAGCACUUUUUACAAAACUGUGAGUCAAAGUCUACCUGUUCCCUAUGCCACUCUAAGCAUCAUUCUCUUUUACACAACACUCACCACUCGACAGCUAACACUCAUACUGUAAUUGAGCCCUCUAAUCACUCACUGAAGCACGGAGAGUCUUCCACUCGUCCUACAUCUCAUACUCUUCUGACAACUCAGCCAGAAAUUGACCAGCCCAGCGUCGUACAUCAAAAUGACCUUACUUUACGCUCAACUGUACUAUCGACCACCACACCACAUGACACUCACGUCUUGUUGACCACAGCUAAAAUUCGCAUUUAUCCAGUAAAUGGGUGGCCUAUUCUGGCCAGAGCCAUUAUGGAUUCUGGAAGUCAAAGUUCAUUUAUCACUGAGUCACUAGCUACAUCAAUAGGAUGCAAACGGUAUCCUUCCAGUCUGCAUAUCUCUGGAAUCCUUAAUGAUAGUAAUGUCAUUAAGGAAAGAGUUAAAAUAGAUAUAUUUCCGCAUUAUUCUUCUGCUACGCAGUUUACUCUUUCUUGUGCAGUAGUACAUUCUAUUACAAAUUGCUUGCCUCAGAUAGCCAUUGACAUAAGAAAGUUAAAAAUUCCCUCUUAUAUAUUAAAUAAGUUGGCCGACGAAGAUUUCGGUCAACCGGCUGCAAUUGAUUUGCUCAUAGGAGCUGAUGCCUACUAUGAGCUAUUGCUAUCAGGACUUGAAAAGUUGGGAAAAGGAUUGCCCUCUCUUAUACAGACACAGUUAGGAUGGGUUGUCUCGGGGUCUGUACCACUCAGCUAUCUUAAACCUCACUUUGAACCUCACCCAAAAUCGUACACAUUUCACUCGACCCUCGGUUUUCAAGAGACCGAUGAAUCACUUAAUGAAGCACUAGAUCGUUUCUUUCAACAAGAACAAGAUCUUGAUGUUUCCAAAAGUUCUGAAGAGGACGAUCUUGCCGAGCGAAUCUUUAUUUCAACAACUAAAAUUCGGGAGGACGGGCGCUACCAGAGUUUAGCAGCUCUUCAGAAAAUUCUUCCUGCAGAAGGGCCAUCUAAGGUGCUAGGCAUUAAGUGGGAUCCCACAACUGAUUUAUUCCAAGUUGACAUUCCAGAAUCACUUACUGUUAGCUCACCUACGUAA